UACUACACCACGCAUUAGCUUCGGUUUCCGGUCCGCGACGAGCUGCUGAUACCAGUGAUUCUGUCCGAAAUUCUUGUAAUUGGCUUCGUUAAGCGUCACUGAGGCCAAUUGAUCGGGUAUAAUUUUGUCUUGAGCUUGUCCAAGAACAAUCGCGGCACGACCGGAACCUGAGAAAAUGUCGUCUUCAACCGGCGUUAACGUUUUGCGCUACUCGGCCCUUGUUCUGGGUGUGUUUUACGGCCUCACGCACCAGGCUUCCCUUACCGCCCAACAGAAAAUCGCGCAGAUUGAUAGAGAUUACGAGAAGAAGGAGAGCUUGAUUGCUCAGGCCAAGGCUGCAUAUGUUCAGAAGACGUUGCCUGCGGAGAAGAAGACUGCCAGCGGUGACAUCGUAACGGACCCGAACGACUCCAAAUUCGAUCUAGAAGCAUACCUGACGAUGAAGAUGGCGGAAGAAGCGAAAUAAAGCGGCAUUGCUGAUUUGGCUCGAGCGAACGGUUUUGGGGCUCUUUGCUGGGAAAUAAACGUGGACUCGCGAUGCGUGGCGGGGUGUUCACGUGAAGGGUCUACCUCAAAGGUGUAUUGGCCAUUGUAUUUGGAUGUUGGCUUCUUCAAAAGCUAUAGAUCUUCUCGAGGAUACACACAUUGUACUACUGUAUCAUAUAACAUCCGUCUUUUGU